AGGCGGCGGGCGGGGCGGUGACAGGGAGCGGUGACAGCGGGGCGGCGACGGGCGGAGCGCGCUCGCCUUCCGCCUCAGAGCAGCGGGGCGGCCGCGGUCGGGCCUGUGCCGGGGGUGGCUGUGACUCCGCCGUCGCUGCUGUUCGGCUGCGUAACUCUGUCCUUCCCUUCCCUUCCCUCCCCCUCGGGCCCAGCGGCGCGAUGGGUUCCCGGGCGUCCACACUGCUGCGGGACGAGGAGAUCGAGGAAAUCAAGAAGGAGACGGGCUUUUCCCACAGUCAAAUCACCCGCUUGUACAGUCGCUUCACUAGCCUGGACAAAGGAGAAAAUGGCACUCUUAGCCGUGAAGACUUCCAGCGGAUUCCAGAGCUUGCCAUCAAUCCACUUGGAGACAGAAUUAUCAAUGCCUUCUUUCCAGAAGGAGAGGACCAGGUGAAUUUCCGUGGAUUCAUGAGGACACUGGCCCACUUCCGACCCAUAGAAGAUAAUGAAAAGAGCAAAGACCAGAAUGGACCAGAACCACUCAACAGCCGAAGUAACAAGCUCCACUUUGCUUUUCGAUUAUAUGAUCUAGAUAAAGAUGACAAGAUUUCCAGGGAUGAGCUGCUUCAGGUGUUACGGAUGAUGGUUGGUGUAAAUAUUUCAGAUGAGCAGCUGGGCAGCAUUGCUGACAGGACAAUCCAGGAAGCUGAUCAAGAUGGAGAUAGUGCCAUCUCCUUUGCAGAGUUUGUAAAGGUUUUGGAGAAGGUGGAUGUAGAGCAGAAAAUGAGCAUUCGAUUUCUUCACUGAUGGAUGGAGAACCUAUUCCUUUCUACUCCGACUAUGUAAUGAAUAGAACUUCAUUUUAUCCUUAGCACCAUCCCCCAGAGCAUUGCUACUGGUGCAUAUACAGUACAUCUCCAACCCCUCCCUGAGUUGUUCUGCCAAUGUGAACAUUCCCUGUGCAUCAGGAACAAAGGGAAAUGGCUGCCGUGCAACUUGGAAAAGGAGCUUUUUUUAAUGUUUUCCUUCGUGGUUUUUUUACCCUUUCUCUUGUCUCUUUCUGCACUACUGUUUCAGUAAAAAUGUCUCUCCUUAUGCACUGCUGUUUAAUCUACAAACUGAUUCUUCUGAGCUCUGAAUUUGGGAACGGAAAAGCGGAAACAUGCCACAGAAGUGCCCUCUGAAAUAUUUCAGAGACAAGCAUCUGCUCAAAUACUAGGUGCAGUGAUAAUGAUCCACUUUUGCCACAUGACAGCUGCCUUUUUUUUUUUUUUUUUACCCCUUUCCUAUUUGGCUCUUUACAUACAGAUUUGUUUCUCCACUGCUUCUAAAUCUGCCUUUUACUUAAGGACUUGUCAAUUUAUAUGGCUUUAUUGUGUAACUAGCACUGAAUGCAUGAUGAUAGUCUAGAGUACUUUAAAGUACUGUGAAUAGACUUUAUUCUUUGUGGAAUUAAUUCAUAGGGACAGUGGGAGAAUGUGGUGGAGACAGGCUAUGGUGUUCUCAAAAGGAAUAGGAAUUCUGCACUAAGUUGCUUAAACUGUUCCAGUAGCAGAUGCAGAAACUUGUUUCUUUCUUUUGAGUAGCUUUCAGGCUUGACAGCCAGUGGACCAUGAAGUGUCCUCUCCAGAUUUCUUUUGUCUAGGAUCCCUCCUUUCAUAAGGGUGGUUUUGCUUCUGAAAGUGUAAAUUUGUUGACCAGUGUACAUAAUACAAGAAAACUAGUCAUGCCAGAAUCUGGAUUUGUAGUUCUGUCACUGCCCCGUGGUAACAGUGUCAUGAAACAUGAGAUCGUGAAACUGAUUUCAUGGGGUUUUUUCCCAAUUAGAGAGGCCUGGAUAAUCAGUAUUUUUAUUUUCCAGUACGAAAGUCCUGGUCUGUUAGAUUUUUGUUGAGAAUGGUAGCUAUAUUUAGGAAAACUAGCAUCAGAAUACAAUUUGGGGUAGUACGUAUUAUCCCAAAUAUUUCAGAAUGUAUUUCUAUGCAAAUCUCUUUGCAGGUGUAAGAUGAUUAAUACUAUUAAUAGAAUGCUGAUAAAUUCAAGAGAUCGAAAUUCUUGAAGGUUUAAUACUGACAGUUUUCUGUGGCUGGAUUGACAAAUGAUCUCAUCUAGUUCAUCUGGAACAUUCCACAGUCUGGGAGGUCCUUCUAAUAAAACCAAAAAAACCCUGGGAGCUUCUUUAUUGAAGAAUCUGUGUUAUAACUGCUUCUCUGUUAUGUGCUAACAUCUCUAUAAAUACUUACCAGCCUCAAACUACUCUCAAAUGUGCAUUUCCUUUUUUUUUCAGUUCCUUUAAUCAUCACUUUUGUUAAAGAAUAACAUGCAAGUCUCUGAAGGAUUUUUGUUUUGUUUUAAAUUAAGGAAUUCAAAAGUAAAAUGUUGCACUUCAUUGUUUUGCAGAGUGUAGCACAAUUCCAGAAAGAAAUGUAAAUUAAAAACCUCUGCCUUGUAUGAGAAAGAAACACUAUAGUUUUAUAACCAUGUCUUGUAAAAUAGGAAUGUAACAAUGUUAAUGGAUUGAAAAAUGAAAAGUGCUUGUAGGCUUUGUGAUUUGCUGAAACGUAGGUGUUGCUCUUUUCAGGCUCUACAGUGGUAACCUACAGUUGUGCCUUAUUGUCCCAGUGAGACUGGAUAUUGUAUUUAUCAGUCCAUAAAUAAACCUUCCACUGUAUAAAAAAAAAAAAAAAACAAACCAAAAACCAGACCCCAACUAUUCCUGUAACUGAUUAUCCUUUAAUGACUGGAAAAAUUAAAUACCACUAGAAUGGUGCUAGCAGGCCUUACAGAUCAGUUUCUUGUAACUGAGCUUGUUUUCAGAGUAUUAAUAGUUCUUUAUUCUGCUUGCAAAGUGGAGGAAACCAAUGCAAAACAUGAACUCCAGAAGAGGACACACACUCAUAACCUGCGCUAUGGAUCCCACAACAAUAUGAGUUUUACACCUCUCCGUGGUUCCAAAUUAGGCUUUUUGUUUGGGUUAUUUUUUCCCUCCUCAUAAUUGUUGUAGUGUUGUUCUAAUUAAAGGGUAUAUAAUAUCAAUGCUGUUUUCUGACAUCUGUCUUUACAAUCCCCCACUUCAGAUGUCAAGUAUUUUUGCUAAUGUGCUUGAGGUGAACACAAAUGCUCUAACAGAUUCACAGAAAAAAAAAAACCCCACAGUCAAAGCAAAGACCAACUAACCUUCCUGCAAUAAACAAAAAGACUCCCAACUAUCAGAAUCUAACUUUGCCAUGAGCAGAAUAAAUCACAUGUAAGCCAC